UUGCCAUAUGCGAACGGGGCAAUGCACUUAUGUAUUAGAAUUGCUAUAGCACUAGCCUGUUGAGGGCAAGGCGAACUCCAAUGCAGUUGGUGUGCCGGCUCCACCAAAAAGUCCAAAGCUCCAACGGCCCCCAAGCUCUGAAUGACAGUAUCACCAACACGAUCCGAUGCCGGCAGACUCUCAUUACAUAUAGGGGUCAGGGCCUCGACGCUCACGACUUGACACUCACCGACCGCAUAUCCAGCAGCCCAAGAUGUCGAACUCUCCUUCCCAGCCUCCAUUUGCGACAGCCCUCCUCGCCGGCGGCUUAGCCGGUACGACCGUCGACCUCUCGCUCUUCCCCCUCGAUACCUUGAAAACCCGACUCCAAUCUGCCGCCGGUUUCUUCCCCUCGGGUGGAUUCAAUGGUAUAUACAGAGGUGUUGGCUCAGCCGUUGUUGGCUCGGCGCCUGGUGCCGCAUUCUUCUUCUGCACAUAUGAAGGCGUCAAGAAAUCGUUAGCUGCACGGCGGCAGCGGCAGGAUGACCUGCUCCUUUCGACCGGUGGUGGGCUACAUGGAAAGCCAGACGGACUUGGCAAAUGGAAGGAGCCAUUUGAGCACAUGGCUGCGGCAAGUCUCGGAGAGGUGGCUGCCUGUGCGAUCCGAGUACCUACAGAGGUUGUGAAGCAGCGCGCACAAGCCGGUUUACACGGCGGGUCGAGCUCGGCAGCACUCGGGGCGAUUCUGGCGCAAUACAAGACUGUCGGGCUUGCAGGUGUGUGGCGAGAACUGUAUAGAGGAUGGGGCAUCACAGUCAUGCGGGAGGUGCCAUUUACCGUCAUCCAGUUCCCGCUUUGGGAAGCACUCAAGGCUUGGGGGAGGAGGCGGAAGGGAGAUGGGCAUGAAGUCAGUGCGGGUGAGAGCGCGCUUUAUGGAAGCAUGUCGGGUGCGGUAGCUGCAGGUAUCACGACGCCGUUGGAUGUUCUCAAGACCAGAAUCAUGCUGUCCAAAGAGAGGGUGGGAAUCCUGACGCUGGUGAGGAGCAUACUGAAAGAAAACGGCAUCCGGCCGUUCUUUGCGGGCAUCGGGCCCAGAGUAGGCUGGAUCAGUGCAGGUGGUGCUAUAUUUUUGGGUAGUUACCAGUGGGCAGUGAAUGCGUUGCAGGGCACUGUGCGAUAAUGUAGACCUUGCGUCAUUUGACAUCUGGCCAUGGGAGUCGCAAGAUACUCGUGUACAAAUGUAUUAUAUAUGGAAUAGAGGCACAGACGGACCGGCGGGGCAUUAUAGAUUUAGAGCAAAGAUGGCCUGCAGCCAACGAAUAGGGCUUGGUUGCACGUGAAAGCCCUCCGCCUCAGGAAACUCAUUGGUCAUGGAGCAUGUUGGAUGUAUAGCUUGGUUUUGUUAGUCCAAGUUUUGGUGCUGUUCUACAUUGGUUUAUUCGCUUGAGA